AGCAGUGUAUAAAACUGGGAGGCAGACUGCAUCAGAUCAGUCCUGGUCAAAGAUGGCCAAGCUCACCUUGCUCACUGGUCUGGUCCUCCUGCUGAAUGCCCAGACAGGCACUGCCUUUGUGCUGUCAUGUUACUUCACCAACUGGUCCCAGUAUAGGCCUGGACUGGGAAAAUUCAUGCCUGACAACAUUGACCCGUGCUUGUGUGACCAUCUGAUCUAUGCCUUUGCUGGGAUGAACAACAACGAGAUCACAACUUAUGAGUGGAAUGAUGAGACCCUUUACAGAUCCUUCAAUGCCCUGAAGAACCAGAACGGGAAUCUGAAGACACUCCUGGCUAUUGGAGGAUGGAAUUUUGGGACAGCCAAGUUCUCCACAAUGGUUUCCACACCUCAGAACCGCCAGACCUUCAUCAAAUCUGUCAUCAGAUUCCUGCGCCAGCACCAGUUUGAUGGGCUGGACCUGGACUGGGAAUACCCUGGCUCCAAUGGCAGCCCACCCCAGGACAAGUCUCUCUUCACCAUCCUGGUUAAGGAACUUCUGGAAGCCUUUGAGCAGGAGGCCAGGGAGACCAACAGACCCCGUCUCAUGAUCACUGCUGCUGUUGGUGCAGGACUUCCCACCAUUCAGGCUGGCUACGAGAUUCCUGAGCUUGGGAAGUACUUGGACUACAUCCAUGUGAUGACUUACGACUUCCAUGGCUCCUGGGAUGGCAGAACAGGGGAGAACAGCCCCCUCUACAAGGGCCCAGCUGACACUGGUGACCUCACCUACUUCAAUGUUCAAUAUGCUAUGAAUUAUUGGAGGGAUAAUGGUGCCCCAGCUGAGAAGCUCCUGGUUGGAUUCCCAACCUAUGGCCAUAACUACAACCUCCAAAACCCAUCUAACACUGCUGUGGGGGCACCAGCAUCAGGACCUGGGCCAGCUGGACCUUACACAAGGCAGAGUGGAUUACUGGCUUAUUAUGAGAUCUGCUCCUUCGUGGCCUCUGGAGCCACCCAGUCUUGGGAUGCCCCCCAGGAUGUGCCCUAUGCCUACAAGGGCAAUGAAUGGGUUGGCUAUGACAAUGUGAAGAGCUUCAACCUCAAGGUUGACUGGCUGAAGAAGAAUAAUUUUGGAGGUGCUAUGGUUUGGUCCCUGGCUAUGGAUGAUUUCACUGGCACUUUCUGCAAGGAAGGCAGAUAUCCUCUGAUCACCACCCUGAGGAAUGGGCUUGGUCUGCAAAAUGGCAACUGUGUGCCUCCAGCUCAGCCCAAUCCUCCCAUCACUGAAGCUCCCAUCCAGGGAGGUGGGAACUCAGGCAACAAGCCUGGUGGCUCUGGUGGGAGUGGUUUCUGUGCUGGCAAGAGCAAUGGUAUCUAUGCAGAUCCAAGCAACAGGAGAAACUUCUACAACUGCCUUAAUGGUGUAACCUUCACCCAGAGCUGCCAGGAGGGCCUUGUCUUUGACCCCAGCUGCUCCUGCUGCAACUGGUCUUGAAGGUGUCGACGCUAUGCCUGCACACAGACCCCUCUGAUCUAAUUCAGUGGCAUAACAAUGAUUAAAUAAAUCUGCAAAAGCAUCAAUCC